UAUAGGGACACGUCAUGUAUUGAAACUUUGACCUCCGAAUAAUUUCAACUUCGCCAACAUCAUCUUUUGUUGGCUAUUCUCUUCUGGAUUGUGGUAGUUCUUGCAGAGGAGAGGAGAUUUGAGUUGAUGAGUCACCAAUUGUUACUAGUUGCUGGUGGUAGACAAGUUGAAUGACAAGACAUCACGCUCGUCUGCCUGAACCGUAGACGAUGUUUGGUCGAAUAACAAUCAGCAAGACUCUCCUUGUAACAGCUAUCUCGUUAUCGCUGGCCCUCAGUGAGGCUGGGAGCACUUCACAAGAAACAAAGCCACGGCAACCUCCAGCUGACGAUGUUGGAUCCAGGCCCCCUCUCUACAAAGAAGGGGCGCGAGUUGCAACUUAUAACACUUGCAGUGAGAAAACGGCAUCCAAUCAUAAACACAGAGAUCUGAUGAUCGUGAGUACCCUGGAUGGCAAAGUGUCUGCUCUUGAUCUUCACAAUGCCGGGUCAGUCCAGUGGACGUUGGAUACAGACAUCGGUCCUCUUAUGGACUCCUCCAUUAGUAAUUUAGAGAUCGUCGGUACUGACGGCAGCUACAAGGUGAUUCCAUCCCUGGAUGGGGGUUUAUAUCGCUGGGAUGGGCACAACGUUGAGCCAGUACCCAUCAAUGCUGACACGCUUAUGAGCUCCUCGUUCAAGCUAAGCAGCGAUGCUAUGAUGGUUGGAGGGAAAGAGACGAGUACUUAUGGUAUCAAUGCUGGCACAGGGCAGAUUUUGUAUAUUUGCGGCGAGAGCGGUUGUCACAUGUUCGAAGAGAACCAAAGUACAGAUGAAGAUGACAUCAUCGUUAUUCAGCGAGUUCAGAGAAUAUGCCGAGCCGUUGAGCAACGCACUGGAGCAGAAAAAUGGAACUUCAGUGUCGGUCAACACGAGAUAUCCUACCUCCCCGGUUCCCAUGACAACGAUGAUGCUCACCACGACGACGAUUACGAUGAUGACUACCAGGGAUCAGUCUGCAUAGAAGAAUCGGACGAGGAACGGGCGGACUCCAGAGACUUAUUGCAUCCUGACUAUAAGGUCUUCAUCUCUCCUGGAACGGUGCUAGCCUUCAGUGAGAAUGAUCCUACCAGGUUGCUGUGGAAAAAAGAGUUUUCAACUGCCAUUGCUGCCGUGUGGACCAUAAAGGAGGGCCAGCUUAAGCCCCUUGAUCUCUUCGAUGUGAAAAACAUUCCUCUGUUGGGAGCUGAUGGCAAAGUGCCCCCAUCCUCAGAAUUCGUUCAUCCUGUUCUCUACAUGGGUGAAUACAACAAGCAAGCUUAUGUGCACCCAUCCAAAACGCUGCAGCAGAGCGUCAACGAGGCAGCAACAGUAGCAGCAGCUGCAGCAGCUGCAGCAGGUCAAAGUUCAUCUGCUCCAGGAAGCAGCAACGCUCUUGCCUUACCCAGAGUUCAGUGGCGACCCUACAUAUCAACGCCCUCUAGAACGCCGAUUGUUUCCAACUCGAAGCGACCACCAUGGGCUGUGGAUGCUGGGUCCAUCACAGUGUGGUCUCAAUAUCCAUUUGAUUUAGGUUAUUACUCGUUGGAUCAGCAGAGCCUUUUAAAAUUUCAUGUGAUUGGUCCAAACAAGAAGCCGGCUUUUGUUGAUUCUAACGAUAGCGGUUCCCCUGACGACCCUGAUGGACUUGAAAUAUUGCUGACAGUCUCUGCUGCAUUUUGGUGGAAAGAAAUCCUGGCAAUAAGUCUGGUUCUGGCCCUUGGUAUGCAGUUCUUGUGUCAUAUGCUGAGGCGAGGUGCCAGACUAGAGAGAGUGGAUAGUUUAAGCUUUGGCAGAGUCAGCACACAAGAGUCAGUGUUUGAGGACACCAGUGGAGGUGCAGAGAACCAGCCAAAAGAGUAUAAAUCGAGGUACCUGACAGACUUUGAACAUCAGCAGUGUCUUGGUAAGGGUGGAUUCGGCAUUGUUUUUGAAGCCAAGAAUGUUGUCGAUGAAAACAGCUAUGCAGUCAAGAGAAUUUGCCUUCCAAACAGAACCCAAGCGCGUAAGAAAGUUCUUCGCGAGGCUCGGAUAUUGGCUCGAUUGGAUCACAGCGGUAUCGUUCGUUACUUCAACUCGUGGUUAGAGGAGCCCCCGGCGGGUUGGCAGAAACAGCAAGAUGAUCACCUACUCGGAGACAGCCUUGUCAAUUCCAGCCAUGCCACGCUUCUAUCCCAUUCCACAACGGCCAAUUUUAACAAGGACAGUCUGUUAAUGCGAGACAAAGAACAGUUCCUGAAUCAAACGGGUUCACAUAUUCCAACCCCAGGCGGGGACAGAGAUGCGGAGAGCGACCUCUUCAUACCGACCGUCGACAUUGAGGACCUUUCGAGGCGAGUCGGAACGUACCUCUCAAAUUUACCGGAUGAGAGCGGUUCAUUUAGUAUCGAAUUCCGUGAUGAAGAUGACGGCGAAGCAGGGAUGAACUUAACACCAAAGAUCGACGAAUCGGAUUACGGCAAAAGUGGCGACUCCGAUUUAAAAACACCAGUGAAUGGUCCACUGUACCUUCCCUUCAAGAAUUAUUCCACAGUUCCAAACAAUCACAGACAACCCGACUGUGAGACCUCGGACUCACUCCAAGUGGUGUUCGAAACGAACAGUACUGCUUCAAAAAGCAACCGCACAAACACGAGGAACAAUAACACGAAUAACUGUGGUUCGGAGAGCUCCACGUCCGAUUUCAGUCAUGAGCUGUCGAGGGUUUCUGAUGGACACUCGAGGGAAGGCGAAGCCGAGGAGCCCAAACCAUGUCAGGGUGUCCCUAAGGUGUAUCUUUACAUCCAGAUGCAGCUUUGCCAGAAAGAAACACUGAAGGAUUGGUUGGGUGCGAACACUCUGAGUAGGGACCGGGUGAAGCUUCUGCACAUCUUCCAGCAGAUCUUGGGAGCGGUGGAGUAUGUUCAUACGUGUGGGAUGAUCCAUAGAGACCUCAAGCCUUCCAACAUUUUCUUCUCGGCAGAGGGUACGGUCAAAGUGGGUGACUUUGGUCUGGUAACUGCAGUCGACACACAGAUUGAGACAUUGGACACACUGGAUGAUGACCAGACUAGCGUUGACUCUAAUAAGAAACACACCAGUCAAGUUGGUACCCAGCUCUAUAUGAGUCCAGAACAGCUGAGUGGCAAGAGUUACGACCACAAAGUGGACAUCUACUCCUUAGGUCUCAUUUUCUUUGAACUGUUACAUCCUUUUAGCACACAGAUGGAAAGAAUCAUGGUAAUGACAGGAUCCCGGCAACAGAGUUUUCCAGAUAGAUUUCAAAAAGAACUCCCAAAAGAGACCGAGCUUAUUAAGUGGCUACUGUCGAACUGUCCAAUGGCGAGGCCCGACACCAUUGACAUCACAGAAAGCACCACCUUCAAACGCCUGUACAGAGACUUUGUCCCGCCAAAUCCAUUGGCCAAUAGAGGGCGGUAUGCUUCAAACUCCAGCAACUGAACACUGUUACUAGCGAGUUCCACUGUGUGUAAAUUUCUUUUAGUGGAGUGAUUUCAUGUUCUCUACCUUGUGAAGAACGAGAACAAAAUAGUUAAGGGAACAUAAGAGUGUCUCCGUAAGGGAAUUCUGAAGACUGUGGCGGCCCAAAAGUGUAUGAAGUCUAUACAAUUGUGUACCAGGGCAAAGGAAUGAACAAAAGAUGUCUCCACAGGGAUGCACAAAACUUAACUUGAGUUGGCUCUGACUUUGUGUAAACUUCACAUGGGUGGCAGGCCUAUAUGCUUCGUUUUUGUGCAAGACAUUUUCUCCUUGGUAAAGGGCACCCUAUGAGGAAACUGUACAUUUCUACUGG